UCAAAUACAAACAUGCAAAACAAUUUUCCAGAUACCCCUUUUUUACUUUAUACGUCCUUUACCUCCAUUAUUUCAUUCUUAUUAUUUUACUUAUUCUUGUAACAUCUAUUGUCUAUUGAGCACCGCACUAACAAAUCUAUGUACGCAUCUUUCCAACAUCAUAUCUAACGACUGUAACAAUAACAACAAAGCGUACAAAUUAAUUGACAAUGUGGAGCGAUACCAAGCCACCGGCUAAAUCGGCACAUACAUGGUUGCUGCUAUCAGCGCUGUCGCUGCUACUUUUGCUGCUGGCCAGUCCGGCCAGAUGCACGCCAAAGGAGCUGGUGAUCAGCUAUCAUGUCUGUGCAGAUGGUCAGGGCUGCCAUGUAAUUGACCAAGUGGCAUACCACGAUUCGCACAUACUAUUACUGACAUCGACAGACUACAAAAAGAGGCUGCAGGUAACGAAAAUAAGUAUAUUUGUUAGUUUUAUAUGGUCGUCAGGUUAUUGCAAGCAAGCCAUUGGGCUAAGACACAUUUGUGUAUUAAUUGCACUUUUACAAAGUAUAGGGUCGGAUAGUUAAUAUAGGCACUGGUAGUCCAAGUGAAAUUUUGGCAGAACGGGCUAUUCGGGGAAAGAGCAACCAACACUCAGUUGGGCUGGUCCGCUGCAGCAAGAGCUCGCUGACAGACAUAUUGCGCGAGGCAGCACGCU